GGCGUGGUAUGCUCGCACAGGGGCGCGUACCUAUCAGCCCUAGCGAACGUGCUAGCGUGGGGGCUGCACGCGCUGCCAGGAGGACAGCGCCCCGUGUACCUGUGGACGCUGCCUCUCUUCCACUGCAACGGCUGGACCUACCCCUGGGUGCUCGCCGCUGUGGCUGGCACGAAUGUUUGUUGCAGGGAGGUGACAGCGGCCAGCAUAUUCUCUCUCAUUCCACGCCACCGCGUCACCCACAUGUGUGCAGCCCCCGUGGUCCUCUCCUUCCUCAUCCACGCGCCUGACUCCCUCCGCCUGCCCUUCCUCGCUGCCCAGCGCGCCCAGGGGCGUGGAGGGGGUGACUAUAGCGAGGGCAGAUGGGAGGGCAAUAGCGAGGGUAGCAGGGAAGGCAGAAGGGGUGACUAUAGUGAGGGGAAUAGGGAGGGCAGCAGCGGGGGGGGGCAGGAGGCGAGGCGGGUACAUGUGAUGACAGCGGGGGCAGCGCCGCCACCAGCAGUGCUGGCGGGGAUAGAGGCGAUGGGGUUUGAGGUGCUGCAUGCUUAUGGGCUCACGGAGACGUAUGGGCCGGCUGUGGUGUGCGAGUGGCAGCACGAGCGGUGGAGAGGGGUGGAUGAAAAUGAAUGUGCGAGGCUGAAGGCACGACAGGGCGUGCGCUGCAUGGCCCUGGAGGGCUUGGCAGUCAUGGACCCAGUCACUAUGCGCCACGUGGCAGCAGACGGGCGCAGCAUGGGGGAGGUGAUGCUGAGGGGAAACAUGGUGAUGAAAGGGUAUGCGGCCGACCCAGGGGCCACUGAAGCGGCGUUCCGAGGGGGGUGGUUCCACUCUGGCGACCUGGCUGUGAUGCACCCUGAUGGGUACAUUGAGCUCAAGGGGUAUGCGGCCGACCCGGGGGCUACUGAAGCGGCGUUUCGAGGCGGAUGGUUCCACUCGGGGGAUCUGGCAGUCAUGCACCCCGAUGGCUACAUUGAAGUCAAGGUGGGUGGUGUGAGGGGUGGUAGGGCAGCUUGGGGGGGUGCAAGGUGGAAUGCUGAGGGGCAACAUGGUGAUGAAGGGGUAUGCGGCCGACCCACAGGCUACUGA